AUGGAAGUGGAGGAACAGUCCGAGCAUCAGGCAGCUACCCUAAACCCAGAUCCUCCACGCCGACGGAGACGACCUGCGCUCUCAUGCCUUGAAUGCCGUCGCCGCAAGAUCAAAUGUGACCAGAAAAGUCCAUGUACGCACUGCUCUAGACAUAAAACCCUCUGCGCCUACCGGGAUGAUGUUCUACCCAUUCGCCGCCGGAGGACGCCAGCCUCGACAACGAGUGCACCAUCGCCGGAUCCCGUAUCUCCGUCAAGGGGUGCACUCCGGACUCCAGACCAGCAGCCCCUCCCAAACGGCAACACAUCUUCGGACAAACAAAAAGGAUAUUCCGCCCCUCAGGCUCUGUCUCGUGAUCUUGGAACAGUAUCUAGAGGAUCAAACCCAUUAUCAAACUACCGGGCACCAGCUCACAGCCCAGACAUCCAAGGGAUGUUAGAGAGGAUACGGAAGCUCGAGGAGUCCACCAACUGUCAACAGCAUAGUCAUCCCUCAAAACGCGCAAUUUUCUGCGGGAACCACCCGGACCCGUCCAGCAUCGACGAGCCUGGAGAUUGGAAGCAACUCUUCACCAAGCCGAGGGACAUGGGCAAGGGCGGCUGGGUAAACGGGGCCCAGGAGUUCGACCUUAUCAUCGCCUGCUGGGUCGCCAUCGUUUCCCGGCCUUCUGAAACCACAUUGUUCAAAGAUCCAGAAACUCACGCCAUGGUCUGCCAAGCCGGGGACAUUCUCCGCCAGUGUAAGAAGAUAGCCAAGACGGUCAAAAGGGCCCGGCCGACGAGAAGUCUACUGUCGUCGUCUAGCUUCCUUGCCCCGCCGUCCCGUGAGAUAUCAGAUAUGAUGGUAGACCUGUAUUUUGCCUCGUUUGAGUCGACACAUCGGAUACUCCAUUUCCCGACCUUCUCAGCGGACUACCAAAGGUACUGGGACAGUGCUGAUACCGCGCCGGCAGAGUUACGCCUGGCUGUUCUGUUGGUCAUUGGGAUAGGCUCGAGCCUCCGUGACCACGGGACUCCGGACGCUACUAUUGCCAACGCGGAGCUGGUCCAUCAUUGGAUAUAUGCUGCCGAGACUUGGCUUGCUGGCCCACUGGAGAAGGAUAGGGUGAGUAUCGCCGGGCUGCAGGUGUACUGCCUGACCAUUCUUGCUCGGCAGGUGUUCGCGAUCGGCGGUGAUACUGUCUGGAUGUCAACUGGCUCACUCAUUCAUCGAGCUAUGCAGCUCGGCCUCCAUCGUGAUCCCACAAAACUUCCUGGCCAGCGUUCCCUGACCCUGCAAACUGAGAUCCGCCGUAGAUUGUGGGCUACGAUACUCGAAUUAGCAGUGCAAGCAUCCCUAGACUCCAGGAUGCCACCUCGCAUCUCCUUUGACGAGUUUGACACUCGUCCGCCUUCCAACAUCGAUGACACAGACAUGGAUGAGACGACGUCGGCCCUCGAGCCGCAUCCCAAGGCUAGGUUCACCGAUACAACAAUCCAGAUUGCGCUCCUGGAAUCCCUCCCCAACCGUCUCAAGAUCCUACAGCUCCUCAUGGGUCUCGGCACCGAGCUCUCCUACCCGCGCGUCCUCGAGCUCAGCUCAGAGCUGACAUCCGACCUCCAAAAGAACGCCAUCCUCAUGAGGAACACGGAGCGCAGCAUAUCCACCCCCUUCCGCCGCAACCUCCUCGACUACCUCCUCCGGCGCUUCAUCAUCCCCCUCCACUUCUACUUCAGCAACCAGGCCCACGCCAACCCCAUGUACUACUACUCCCUCAAGCUCAGCAUCGACACGGCCACGGCCAUCAUGACCCCCGAGCCCGACGACGGCUUCGCCCGGCUUAUGGUCUCCGGGGGCGGCCUCUUCCGCGAGGGCGUGCGGCUGUGCAGCAUGGCCACGGGGCUCGAGCUGCUCCUCCAGGCGCAGGCGCAGAGCCUCGACGGGACGCUGAGCCGCGUGGGCGAGUACCGCGAGCACCUCAAGAGGGGGAUCCGGGACAUGGCGGCGCUCUCGGAGGAGAGGAUCCGGCUGGGGGAGACGAAUGUCAAGAACCACAUGUUCCUGUGUAUGAUUCUCGCGACGGCCGAGGCGAUCGAGAGGGACCUGCCGGUCGAGCUCGAGGUUGCGCGCGGUGCGAGGGAUAGCCUGGAGCACUGCCAUGGGAUCCUGAUGACGAGGGUGGAGAAGCUGUCGUUGGCGUCGACGCCGGACACGGGGCUGGGGGCGUCGGCGGACGAGAUGGAGUUUGGGGUUGAUGGAUACAGUUUGGGGCUGGACUGGGAGACCCUCAUGGCUGAUCAGGGAUUCUUUGGUGAAAUGGUUCCUUGA